AAAAAAAUUAAGUUGUCAGCUAUCUAAUGUUGUGUCUCGUAUUUAUUAUUUAGUAAUUUAACCCCAUUGUCAAUUGACAUAAUUAUAGGCAAGUAAAUAAUAAUUAAAUAUUGUUUUAUAAGUUCAAGUGUAAGAAAUAAUAAUUAAAAUGCCUGCAACGUCAUCACAUAAAUUUAUUACAUGGCUUGGAUUCAUUUCAAUCCUACAUGCUGCUUAUUCUGCUGCUCAACAUCGUUCUUACUUGAGAAUAACGGAACAAGAAUUCACGACAUUGCCUAUUGAUAUAUUGAUUCAAGGAAUCAUCAGUCUGUUUAUUGUAAUGUACGGAGUGUUACACAUCGCUGGAGAUUUCAAAGAAAUUCGCGCAGUUGUCGAAUUGGAAAGUAAAACUUGGGAAACUACGAGAAAUUUACCAUCAUUUCAAAUAUUUAAUCAUCGUGGAAAAUGUUUAUCACCGGAUUAUAUACCACCAUAUUAAAUAUUUAAAUUCAAUUAGCUAAUAAAUAAUUAAUGAUUUUAUAAUUUAAAUUAAUCUUAUAGAAAAAUUUUAUAUUAAGAAAAGACGUUUUGGAAAUUAUUACCGCAGAAAUAUUUUUCAUAAAUUUAAAAUUAUUUAAGUCAGAUUAAUAAUUUAUUACAUCACUGAUGAUUUUUAUAGAAAUUUUUAUUCGCGGUUAAAAGUCAAGCUCAUAAUUUCCAAGACAUUCUCAAUUUUUUUUUCUUCUGGGAAACAAAAUAAAACAUGACACUUAAGUUAGAUGACGUUUAAUAAUUUUUAGAUUUUUUUAAAAACAAAUAACAAAAAAAAAAUAUUUGAAAAAUUGCACCUAUAGAUUUUUUAAUUUUCUACAUGUGCAUAUUUUUUUUUUUUUUUGUUAUAAUUGAAUUGUAAAAAAAAAUUAAAAAAUUAUUGUCUACUAACUUCUGGAUAAUAAAAUAUGAUGCUAAAAGUAGACGACGUAAGUCAAUUGUCAUCAAAAAAUUAAAAAAGAAUGUGUAUUAGAAAGUUUUGAAAAAUUUCCACAUGCAUUUUUAAAAAUUUUUUGUCAAGAUUAACUUUGUUUAUUAAAAGUAAAUAAAUUUUUUAAAUGACUGCUACUUUCAGUAUCAUAAUAAAGAAGUAAAGGAAAAGAGGAUUAAAAAAUACAAAUGAAUUAAAUUUACCCAGCAAUGCCGAAUAUUACAUUAUUAUUAUUUAUGAAUGAGAAAUAUAUAAAAUAAUCAUAAAACAACGU